AUGCGCCUGGGUAUGACGGAGAACAAGCCUGUCUAUAUUUUCACUCAGAGCGAAGCGUCCGAUCAGCUGGCUAUCGGGUACCUCCAGGGAGAGAAGGGUCGGACGCCAGCUUUCGCCGAGGCGUGGGAUGCUGCAGUGAUUUUCCUGAGAAAUAAUAGACACAUCCAAGUAUCAGGUGGGCUGAGAGAACAACACGUUUUGGCCAUUCUCGCCUACACUAGUAAGACGCACCUCUACUGGAAGUUCAAUGAUGCGCUGAAAUGGUACCAGGCUAACGACACAGUCUACGCCGAGAAGUUUAAUUUCAAGAGUUUCCAUUAUCUUCUCUCCGUUGCUCUCGACCGACUCAGGAGGACCUCCGGCUCAGCGGCGGGAACCACCUACCGAGGGAUGACCAUUCGUUCCAAAGCACAGGAGGGAUGCAACAUGAAAUUUGGACAGUUUGCAUCUUCCUCUCGUGAUAUUCAAAUCGCACGAGGCUUCGGUACUGCAACGCUAUUUACCAUAACGACGCGUAAAGGCGUCUACAUGGCCAGCUACUCGCUCUUUCCGGAACAGAGGGAGGUGCUAAUACCUCCAGAUGAGGUUUUCAAGGUCGCGCGGUAUUUUUCUGGUGAUAAAGGAGAUGAAAUAUCGCUCGAGGCGGUGGGAGAGGCCGGGAUAGCGGUCAGAGUGGAGCGCGGAGCAGCCGGCCAUCUGCAGGUAGUUAGGAGCGUGGGGGCCGCUCUGUACGCCGUGGCGCUGUGGUGCGCAGUGGCGGUAUUGGCUCCCAUUUUCCUGUAA